AUGACUACACGAAGGGAUAAUUACUUCAUAGAUACCUCGGCCGUAACUGAGGAGGCCGGAGGAGAAGAUUCUAUGGUGAUAUCAAGGGCUGCUAGCCCAGACCCCCUACUUACGGGAGGACCCUCUACAACAACUAGGCAAUCGAGUAAACGCUCUGCUCAAGCCCAGUUCGUGAGGAAUAUGCAGGAGUUUUUGGAUACCCAUGAGGCACAAAUGAGGUAUCUUGGUGCAGCUGGACAGGCCGUUUGGCAGCAGCUACAAAACCUACAGGAGCAAGUCCAAGGGAGUGGACAAAUCCUGGAUAAGAAAGUACGGCAAGAAGCCAUUGCCCAAAAACAACAUCUCGAGUCGCUCUUUGACCUCGUCACCCAUGUCCAACAAAUGCAAGAAACCGCACGAGCCGCCGACCACGAGGUUCUGGACCGUAACCAUCGGAUUACCCAGGACCAACUGUUGGAAGCGGAGCGACAGCUGAGGAUGGUACGAGAAGAGCGGGAGCAGGAGAAAGGGGAACAACGGGCUAUGUUUGCGCAAUUCAAGCAGUCCGAUGAGAUAAGAAAUCAACGGAUAGCCGAGAUGGAGGAACUACUGCGACAACACCUGUCAGUAGCGCCUUCUGUGGCUAGUGCUCCCUUAGACCCUAACGCGCCCCGAACGGUUCCUGUUGGCAAUGGCAAGAAACCCGAAAAUGUUGGCCCAGUAGGAGGAAAUGCUGGCCCAGUAGGAGGAAAUGCUGGUCCCGUAGGAGGAAAUGGAGGCAGGCGACCGGAGGAUGCCGGCCCGGUGCAGGGAAAUAGUGGCAGGAAACCGGUGGGAGCUGGCCCCGUCGGCGGGAAUGGUGGAAAUCAACCUCCCCAGAACCCGCCAAGAGGAAACGUUGGGGGAGACCCCGAACCUUCUGACGACGAUGACGACGAUAACAGCGAAUGGUCGCACGGUCGGAAGAAUUGGAGAAUGAACCGAGGCGGGAACCGGAACUCGGCGCCGCCUGAAGAUGACGAUAUGGUAGACUCGCUUGCCAAAAUACCCUUUGAGUUCGAUAAUGCCAGGAAGCACAACCUGCGGCAUUGGCUCAUGGAGUGCGAGAUCUACUUCGAGCAGAAGCCCAAGAAGUUCCGAACGGACAGAAACAAGGUGCUGUUCGCUGGAACGUAUACUUGUGGGUUGGCAAAGGAAUGGUUUAUGGAGUAUAUCGAGACCAAGAUGCUAGGUCCGGCAGCUGCCGACUACACUACUUGGACUCGGUUCCGUCAGGAGAUCAGGAAACGCUUCUUAAGCACUCAGGAGGCUAUGGAAAACGCGAUGAAAAUGCAGCAGUUUAAGUACUCUGCUAACAUCGGGGACUAUCUGACGAGAAUGGAGAUCAUGAACCAGCAUGCUCAGAUGAAAGGAGCAUCCUAUCGCGCCGCCCUGCUCCAAGGGCUACCAAAUGAAAUCCGGGAGCGCCACUCACGCUUCGAUCCAACCGAUGACGACUCCGAGUACAUCCAACAGUUGGAACGAGCCGGCAAGGCUCAUGAAGCUUAUCAAGAGCAGAUGAAGAUGUUGGGGAAAGCGGAGUCGAGAGGAAGGGAGUCGAACAAUGGUGGGAACUCGCGGCCGAAGGAAAAGGGGUUUAAGAUCAAGGGGAGGGCUCAGACCGAGGAGAAGGAAAAAGGGCAUGAUAAGAAGAGCACCAGCAAGAACAAGUCGGGGAAUAAGCCAAUAUACCACGACUACGACGAAGCCACCAAAGGAGUUCCACAGCCGGUCCGAGAACAGCGAAAGACCGAUGGAGCCUGUGUGCGAUGUGGCCGAAAGGGUCAUCUUUGGAAAUGGUGUCGUUCAGAUGCUAACAGUAGUGCAUCUAUCUCCUCUUUCUCCCGAAAGCGUACCCGCGAUGACGAUGGCGACCACGAUAUGGAACCACCGGAACCCCAACCUCCGAGGAAGCGUACGAGGCACCGUGCUAAGAAGCCGGCUGCUACGGCUGCGGCAGGGUACACCAGUGGGCAAGCGUUUGUGCGAGAACGCGGAUCGGAAUCUGAGAUGGAUUUCGAUGAGGAUUUUUAA